UAUUACAAUUAAUUAACGUGUUGGAUUGGAUUAGAGAGAAGUGGUGGCAUUGAACAAAAAAGUGUAACUAUUUUCUCAGAUCGUUGUCUCUAACUUAUCCUGAUCACAAUGACAGACACAAAGCACAAAACCGUCGUCACGUGGCGCAAUAUCCCCAACCUCAACUCCACCUCCCAUGGCGUCGUUUCAUCUAACCACCUCUUCAACGACGCCGUUUUCACUUUCACCGACGCAAACACCAUUCGAACCAAAUUCGCCACCAUCUCCACAUCACAAACUAAACCGAACAACGAAUUCACUCCGACGCCGGCUCAGCUUCUAAAUCACCCGCUCGCUGUUGUCGCACUUGUUCCCAAAGAUGCUGCAUUGUUUCUCGCCGGAGCUGUUGCCGGAGCUGCUGCUAAGACCGUCACUGCUCCACUCGAUCGAAUCAAGCUUCUCAUGCAGACUCAUGGAGUGCGAAUUGGACAAGAAAGUGCGAAGAAGACAAUUGGUUUUGUUGAGGCAAUAACAAUGAUAGGGAAGGAAGAAGGUAUUAGAGGUUACUGGAAGGGUAACCUACCGCAGGUUAUUAGGGUUAUACCUUAUAGUGCCGUCCAGCUCUUUGCUUAUGAACUUUAUAAGAAAAUAUUCAAGGGAAAAAACAAUGAGCUAUCUGUUGUGGGAAGACUUGCAGCAGGUGCUUUUGCAGGCAUGACAUCAACUUUUAUAACUUACCCUUUAGAUGUCCUGAGAUUACGAUUAGCUGUUGAACCUGGGUGCCGAACAAUGACAGAGGUCGCCUUGAGCAUGGUAAAAGAGGAAGGUUUUGCAUCUUUCUACUAUGGCCUUGGACCUUCUCUUAUUGGAAUAGCUCCAUAUAUUGCAGUUAACUUUUGUGUUUUUGACUUACUAAAGAAGUCCUUGCCAGAGAAAUAUCAGAAGAGAACCGAAACAUCUCUAGUCACCGCCGUGCUUUCAGCAUCUCUUGCCACACUUACCUGCUAUCCUCUGGAUACAGUACGAAGACAGAUGCAACUCAAGGGUACCCCUUAUAAGACAGUAUUAGACGCCAUUUCAGGUAUUGUGGCUCAAGAUGGAGUUAUUGGCUUGUACCGGGGAUUUGUGCCCAAUGCUUUAAAAAACCUUCCAAACAGCAGCAUCAGGCUUACUACAUAUGAUAUUGUCAAACGACUUAUUGCAGCUAGUGAGAAAGAGUUUCAAACAAUUGCCGACGAAAACCGCAACAAACUAAAGAAACACCCAUAGUCAAUGAUGGUGAACUUGGGAUUUAUAUUGAUUUAGCCAUUUUUUCAUGCUGAAAUUGCUUGCAGAUUAAAUGCUGCAAUAAAUUAUCCAUCAUUUCCUGAAGAGGGCUGCUAGCACUGAUAUAUCUCAGAAAGGGGCUGUAAAUUUUGUAGGACACAACUUUAUUCUUUUCCUGAAUGUAUGCUGUAACUUAUUUAUUAGAUAAAUUUAACUUAGAACUGAUAGGUAAAAAGUUGUACUAAAAAUGCUAACUUAAUGGAAUAGAAAUAUAAUAAAUUAUGUAACCAAAAAAAAAAAUAUAAUAAAUUACAAGGCACAAGACUUGA